UGGUGUGAGUGUGGUGUGGGUAUGUGGAUGUGGCUGUGGCUGUGGGGGGUGCGUGUGGGUUGGGUGUGAUGUGGAUGUGGGUGUGGGAGUGGGUGUGUGGGUGUGGGUGCGGGUGCGGGUGCGCGUGUGUGGGUGUGGGAGUGUGGGUGUGCGUGCGGGUGUGGGUGUGGGGUGUGAGUGUUGGUGGGUGUGGGUGGGUGUGGGGGCGGGGGUGGGGGUGGGGGUGUGGGUGUGGCUUAUAUGCGUGUGUCAAGGACGAUAAUAUCGCCGAACCCACCCCCCACAUCCACAACCCACACCCAUACCCACACUCACACCCACGCACCCACACCCCACACCCAUCCACAUUCCACACCCACACUCUUUUUUACGUCGAAUUUUAAAAAUUCCACUUUUUUCAGAAUUUAUAUAAUAUACCUGGCCCAGGCACUAUAUUUCUAUUCAGUUUAUUAUUCAAUUGAGGAUUUAAAUUGUUAAGCUAUCAAACAAGAUAAUGAGAUCUAACCUUUCAGCCACUCUUAUUUAUUCAAAAGCAGUCACAAAAUACAUUAGGCAUGACUGAGAGAUUCUUUGCCGAUUUUUUCCAACAUAAUUGUUUAUUAAUGUUCUCGAUCUAGUGAUGUAAACAUUGCAUCCUUACCAUAAACUGAGUGAGUAGUAAAAAUGUAACCGUUGGCCAAUAAGACAAAAGCAACUUUUCUUAGUGCUGCGUUAUGUUUUAUUUUAGUUUAUUAUAAAAUUCAAGAAUAGGUAUCAUCACUGUAAGUCCACGUCCACGCCUAUCCUAAAUAUUUUUUAAAACUACAAAUAAGUACGAUAGAAUAGAUAUAAUAAAGAAAACAAACAAGAAAAAGUGUUUAAAUGGAAACUAAUCACUAAUGAGGUGUUUUAUUCUGUCAUGUAUAUAUAUAAUAGGAAAAACUAUAUUUCGAAAACUGUUAGCCAAAUGGACAUGGUUUGUAGCAAUCCCAGCAUCCAUCACAGUCCCCACUGGUCUUGCACCGUGCAGCUAAAUUAGUUGCUGGAUCUUUUAAUAUACAGUAAGAGAAACUGCAACUGCCAUAGCAAACACCAUUUUGACACUCUACAUCUAAUGAACAGCCACGUUUAUAAAUUUGUUCAGUUUUGUAUUGAAAAUCGCGGUAACGACCAUUUGUAACAUGAAUAAGUAAGAUAACAAGAAUGAACAGAGAUAGAAUAAGUUUCGUCAUUAUAAUAAAAUGAUAAUAUUUAGUUAAUAAUGUUAUAUUUUUAUCAGAAUUAUUUCUAUUAAACAAAAAUUUAUAGGAAAAUGAAUAUUUAAAUAAUAAAUAAAACAUUGCAUUAGUGUUAUUAAGAUUCGUUUUUCCUCUUAAAAUAUGAAUUUGACAUAUAUAUGAUGUAAUCAUGUGAAAUUUCUAGGAUAUGUUCAUGAUAUCUAAAUCUACACUCACCAGUAAGUAAAAUCAUUAGCGUAAUCUAGUUUUCUCCAACCCAACUCAUUGAAUAUAUUGAAUUUUUUCGGAAGAGCAUACCGAUAUUGACGACACCAAAGACUCCUUGUUUUUAAAUUCUUCCUUUUCGAGCGCAGAAAAAGAAAUCACAAGUACAAUAACUGAAAAAACUCUGUAAAAGCAGGCGCCAAUCUACAUGAUGUUUGUUGGAGGGAGGGGGGGAAGGAGCGGAUGUUAAGUGAACAUAGACAGAGAAGGAAUGGCGCAAAAAGUUGAAAGUUCGUCACAUGCAAAUCACAGCUACAAACCAGUAGUUAACUGAAAAAAAAAUUACUUAUUUUUUGUGGUGAUUGAUAAAAAAAACAGAAAAAAAUAUUUUCUGACAACGAAAUGCGUCAAUCAAGCAUACUUAUAAAGCAGUAGUGAAGGAGAAAAGGAUACUGUUCUUAUAUUUGAAUAUGCCAAUCAAGCAUAACUCGAAACCAGUACUGAAGACGAAGACGUUAACCGUUUCAUACGGUAAUUAAAAAAACAGAAAAAAUAUUUUGUCUUAUCUAAAUAAUCAAUCGAGCAUAACUAUAAAACCAGUAUUGAAGGUGAAAUUGUUUACUUUCUCUUAUGAUGAUUGGAAAAAGGACGAAAAACAUUUAUUAAUAACGAAAUGUGUUUGACUGAAAUACAACUGUAAACACAGACUCCUACAUAUAAAAAUUUCGUAAAUUCCAAAUGUCAGAAAUAUGUAACUAUAAAUGAGUUUUGGUAUGAAAUAAAAAAAUACUAGAAUUUCUAUCUCAUAAGAUGUUGUAGAAAAGAAGAAUAUUUGCAUACUAGUGAAUGCUAUAGAUUUUUCAUUUAUGAUACAUAUAGUCAAUGAGUAACUGUGUUAGUUAAAGAAUGUGGAACUAUAACAUAUCCAUCAUGUCAUGUUUUAAAUAAAGAGAAACAUAGUUAUUUAUAAAUGCGUCUUCAAUUUUAUUGUUCUUUUCAAAAGAAGGAAUGAGUAGACGAUCUGCUAAUAAUGAUAGUAAUAGUUUAUUAUUCUGUUAAACAAUUAACAAUAGUAACAUGCAUAGAAUUAUAAUAUAAGAUGAAUUUUCUAAAGAGUUCUAUUCAAACCUAAAAGACAAUAGAACAAGAAAUCGCAUUCUUUUUUUAUUGUUUAGCAGUAAAAUGUUGUUAUCAAUGUUUUUGGAGUGUUUCGCAGUGUCCAGCCAUUUUUUGACAUCAAACAUGGAAAAUCUUCUGAACAAUAAGAAAUAAUAGGACAAAAAUAAUUGAUAUUCUUACUUUGAUAUGGUCAACAUCUCCUGAAAGUUUCAUCAAGACUGAACGUAAAACACAAAGAUUUUCUUCUCUAAAUUUUGAAGCCAACGAGAUAGAGACCUGCGAUUUUCAUCGUUUGGCAGAACAUAGAUGAGCACGUAGUAGUUCAAAAUAUCACAUCUGCAUACUGUUGAGCGAAAAGUUAGUUCCAUUUCAAAGAGGACAGGAUUACUUAUGUUUAUUCUUUGAAUAUGAAUUAUAUUUCCUUCGCUAUCAAUGAUAAACUAGUCAACUUGUUGGAUUGAAUCAUAAUGAUGAUAAAACAAAUAUUUCUUUUUGGUACAGUAACUAUAAGACUAUUCUGAAUUUUAUUUUUUUACUUUGUCAGUACUAACAUUGGUGUGUUUUUUUAUUUUUAUAAAAUCAAAUCUUUAUUUAUAGUAUCAGCGAUUGUCAUAACAAUAUAUGUAUGGUUGGAUAUUAUUUAAUCUAAAUGGCAACAGAGAGAAUUUUUCAAUUUACUAUUAGAAAAAUAUCAAAGAAUUCUAAUUCUCACUUUAAGUUGGGUAUAUCGUUACUAUAACAACAUAUUUUCAAAAGAGUAAUACUAUAUUCGAAAAGCAUACGGAAUUCUCUACCACCCCAUAUAUUUUCAUUUUUGGUAUAGCUAUUGAAUGACCAACAUAAAUCGAAUAUAAUCAAGACACUCUGAUGUCCAGAUUUCCACAGACAUAAUUUUGUUACUAUAACCAAAUCAAGUUUUUUCGAUUCGGCAUUAUCGUAGAAUGUUUAUUGUGAAAGAGCAAUUGUAAAUUCUGAUGGAGCUUGACAUUGUUCAUUUUCCGAUAUAUUUGUUUACUCUCUUACAUUUAUCUAUUGUAAACACAAGUUUUGUCACUAGUUUUUUUGGAAUUUUUUCUCCCUAAUUUAGGAUUGAUCAACGAGGAUCUUUGAACAUUACUCGAUUUUUUACUCAACAUACAAAUAUAGGAUAAAACAAAAAUUUACAGGGUGAUAGAGAAUUUGAAGCUCUCUCAGAAUGCAUAAUCACUUUUAUUAUUUGACAGCCGCUUUGAAAAAAAUGAAAUUAAAAAGAAUCAAAAAAGUAAAUAUUUGUUGAGCUUAUUUGAAAUUUGUUCUUUCUCGUGUAUUGAUCUGAUUUAUUUAAUUAGAAAACAGAAAUUAUAGGAUUAUGACUGAUGAUGUAUUUCACUGCAUAUUAUGUUUAUUAUCAAGAAUCAAAUCACAUAAAAUGAUUGCUUCACAUCUACCAUAUUUAAAAUAUUUUAAAAGACCAGCUCUGUUAAUAUUUGGAAUACGCCACAAAAUGAGGUGUAGAUAUACAUCAGUGGUCACACAUAUACGCUCUCAAUAUCGAAAAACUGAACUUAAGAAAAUGGAACGUUCUCAUCCUCUAACGGAUAAACCAUUUGAAUAGAGAAUUCUAAGACAUUCACAAAUGCUAGAAAUAUCCACAUCUCAUAUCUAAGACUUUCUCAACACGAUGUAUUGUAAAUUUCCCAUCGUGUUUUAUGUCGUAUACGGAAUCUUUUCAAUCUGGUCCUAAAUAACAUUUAAAAUAAAAAUGAUUUUUCUGUUUGUUAUUAUAUAAAAGUAUUUCAUAAAGUUGUAAUUUAUUUAUUCUUUGAUAUAUAGACAUGUUCUAAAGAAAUUUUUUUUUCAAUGAUUUAAUAUUGACUUUUUACUCUAAUUCAACUUCAUUAUAACAAUAUCAGUAACAUCCAUCGAACAUCCGUCCCAUGAACUUUUCUAUGAAAUAUUUGGUUAUCAAAUAUAUUAAGCAUUUUCAUAUCAUUAUUUUGGCUUGAACGACAAUGAACUUUUCAAACUGAAAUUGCCAAUGAAGAUAUUAGCCAUAUAGUUUGUACACAAAAUAACAUUAAAUAUAUUUUAAUACUAGCCAAGACUUAAUAUUUUCGCUGAAAGAUUUAUAAUUCAAUAUUCGAUCAGACUUACAAAUGAGAAGACGAAGAAUAUUCAGUAAAAUAAAACAUUUAAUUGAAAUAAUUAUGACUAGAAUGAAUAUUUUGUCAAUAUCCUAAAAAUCUUAUUGAAAUUCUUCUUAAGAAGAUUUAUUAAAAAAAUUCAAUGUGUCAUAUACAGAAUGCGGGUAGGUUACUGUUUAUGAUUCAUCUUAGAUAUUCUGCGUAGAAAGAAAAAGAAAAAGAAUACAUUAUCGUCAAUCCAUCAAAUAAUUAACAAACAUGUAUAUGCUUUGUUUCGUUCUCGAUAUAUUCAUUUCAUCUUUUACCAUCUAGAUUAAAUCAAGAAACGUAAGUCACAGACAAAAGAAGACAACAUUUAUUAAUAUUAAAUUUUCAUUUAGUAUGUCAAUAAAUUCCAUUGAAAAUCUAUCUGAUGAAUUGUUUUAUGAAAUUUUAGAUUAUCUUAAUGGUUGUGAAAUCUAUCAUGUUUUUCAAAUCUUAAUUAUCGCUUUCAACGAUUAAUCAAUUCUUCAUCUCUUCUAUUAAAACUUAAUUAUUCACGUUCAAAAGAAAUAUUUAUGAAUAAUUAUCAACAAGUUUUACACCUCAAUAAAGAUCAAAUAUUUUCAAUUCAUUUAUUGUUAUUACAAAAUACUAAUCAAAUUAUUUCAUCACUUAACAUCGAUUCAUCAUUUAUUGGUCUUGAAUCUCUUAUUUUAAAUUCAAAUCAACCUGAUCUAUUAACCCUUUCGGGACCGGUGACGCUUUAAAGCGUCACCGGUCCCGAAAGGGUUAACAGCACUUCUUCCUAAAUUGAUUUGUUUACCACGUCUUUUCUCGUUAGUAAUUGGUACAUGGUCAGUUCAAAAAGAUUCAGGUGAUACCUAUCGAUUAAUUUUCAAUCUACCAGAAUUAAAGUAUAUCAAAUAUACAGCAACGAAACCUAGUGAUGUUGAUAUAACUAUUCCAUCACCAAUGGCUACUAAUGAACAAAUAACUUCUAUUGAAUAUCUUAUUAUGGAUCGCCUUUGUGCUAUCGAUGAACUCUUUGCUAUAAUAUCUUUUACCUCGCAUCUUCGUCAUUUAAAAUUUUUGAAUCUUACCAAUCGAAAUGUAAAUAUUUGA